UAUCGUUAACUGUUUUCGUUUAUUUUAUUGUCAGAUGAUAGUUAGCAAAACAUUCUUGCUAAAGUGCCGUUGUUAUUAUUAACGUUGUUCGUAUAUAAUUUUUUAAUGUUUAUAUUAGAAAAGUGUACAAGUGUGAAUUGAGAACCAGGAUUAAUAUAUUGUCGCAACAAUGGAUGUGAUUCCCGAAACAACGUCGACCUUACCAAAUAUAACUUUCUCUGUGCUGACUCUAAUUGUCGGAUUGCUGAUCGCAUUGUACUUUUACAUCGAGACUUCUCGACCAAUUAGUUUGACAAGAAAUAUUCCAGGUCCGCCAGCUAUACCUAUAUUUGGUCAUCUGUAUAUAACUUUUAGACACUCUCCCCAUGAAGUGUUAACUAAAGGUUUAGGGUAUCAUGAAACUUAUGGUUCGGUGCUGAAAGUAAACUUUGGAACAAAAGUGAUGAUAUUUUUAUCAGAUCCGCGCGAUAUUGAACUGAUCUUGGGCAGUUCUGUGCAUCUCGACAAAUCCGAAGAAUAUCGAUUUUUCAAACCAUGGCUUGGCGACGGCUUGUUGAUUACAACCGGCAAUAAAUGGCGUAAACACAGAAAAGCGAUAGCGCCUACAUUCCAUAUGAAUAUCCUGAAGACUUUUGUGCCAUUGUUUUACGAGAAUAGCAUAGAGCUUGUGAAAAAGUUCCGUAACGAACUUGGAAAAGAGUUCGAUUGCCACGAUUAUUUGUCAGCGGUAACGGUUGACAUUUUAACCGAAACGGCAAUGGGAGUGAAACGAGAAAAAAGGGAAAAGACUGGUUAUGACUACGCCAUGGCUGUGAUGAAAUUGUCCGACAUCUUGCAUCGGAGGCACUACGACAUGUCGUUACGUUACGACAUACUGUUCCAAUUUUCCAAAUUCGCCAAAUUGCAGAAAAAACUUCUUAACACCGUUCACACACUAACGAAUAACGUGAUCAAGGAAAAGAAAAUAGAUUUUGAGGAGAAACUCGCGAAGGGCCAGCAGCAAAAAGAAGAAGAACAAAAUAACAAACCGACAGAUACAAGCUCGACCAAUAUAAGUGACGAUGCUAAUUACACAAAACUGCAUUAUGUUAGAGAUGAUCUCGACGAUAUUGAUGAGAACGACGUGGGCGAGAAGAAGCGACUUGCAUUUCUGGAGUUGUUGUUGGAAAUGAAGAAGAAUGGCGGCCAAAUGACCGAUGAGGAAAUUUGGGAGGAAGUAAACACAAUCAUGUUUGAGGGUCAUGACACCACGGCAGCCGGCUCGAGUUUCGCAAUGUGCGUGUUAGGAUGUCAACCAGAAGUUCAGGCUCGCGUGUACGAAGAACUGGACGCAAUUUUCGGCGACAGCGACAGACAGUGCACCUAUCAGGACACCUUGGAAAUGAAGUAUCUCGAAAGAGUUAUUUUAGAAACCCUGAGACUUUUCCCACCGGUACCGAUAAUCGCUAGAUCUCUCAAUCAAGACAUUAAGAUAGUUACAAAGGAUUACGUUAUUCCAAAGAAUGUCACAGUGGUGAUCGGACAACUCUUAAUACAUCGUAACGAGAAACAUUAUCCGAAUCCGGGAGUUUUCAAUCCGGACAAUUUCUUACCGGAGAGAAUGCAGAAGAGACACUAUUACGCCUACAUUCCUUUCAGUGCCGGGCCGAGAUCGUGCGUGGGACGCAAGUACGCCAUGCUGAAGUUAAAAGUUCUUCUGUCAACAAUAUUGAGACAUUACCGCGUAAUUUCCGACACGCACUACAAAGACUUCAAGCUGCGAGCCGACAUCAUCCUGAAGAGAGAGGACGGAUUUAAGAUCAGGCUCGAGCCGCGCAAGCCAGAAUCAACUUCCGUUUCCGCAUAAGCGUGAAUAUGUCCUUUAGAAUGUGUGCACGCGUAACAUACCAUUUAUGUAUUUGAAGUAAACUGUGUAUUUCUGUAUAUUUCAAUUUGUAUAUUAUAUAAUAUACCGUGGUAUGUACACGUUGUCACCUUAUUUAUAUGCUUCUAGUUCGUUUUCUUAGAACGACUACUAAGAGUAAUUUAAAUUAAUCUGAGCAAAUAAAACAUUGCACAACGGUGAA